UGCAGCGCGGCAGUAAAGCACCUGAGACACGCGCUAUAGCACGACAGCCGCCCCCGCGCCAGGGAAAGUCGCAUACUUACAGCGCUGAAAUGAAAAUGCACGGGCUAUUUAUGAAAAUGAACACACUGGACGUAUCUUACUUGGAUAUAUAAAGCUGUUAUUUUAAGCAGAAGGCUGUUGUUUUUGUUUCUUUCCUUUCAAGUGUAUCAUUAAUAUGCGUUUUUUAAUGGACCGUGAACACUUUCUUUCCACACUGGAGAUUUCGGAUACGCCGUUAAAUGUCAAACAGAUCAGCUGGCACGGCGUUCAAAGUGACUCAACCCCUCUGGAAUAAACUUUCCUGCAGCUGAGUGUGUGUGUGAGUGUUUGACAGCGAGAGAGACAGUUGGAUGUGCGCGCAUGAUGAGCUCGCGGCUGCUGCUGCUGGUGCUCGCGGCGCUCGCGGCGUGCCUGCGGUCUGGUCGCGCGCAGGAGGACCCUUUCCCUCCAUCUCUAGUGGAUUUAGUGAUGAACAGUCCAAUCUCAUCUGUAGAUGAUCUGAAGAGGCUUCUGGAUGUAGAAUCCGUAGAAGAAGAUGAUGAGAAGCCCGAGAAUGAGGUGCACUUUAACGGAACACACAGACGUCUUCCCAGAAGCCUUAACGUUCAGGUGGCCCAGCAGGCAAUGUGUAAGGUGAGAACAGAAGUUAUGGAAGUGACCCGUUCGAUGUUGGACAAACGGAACGCCAACUUCUUGUUAUGGCCACCGUGUGUGGAAGUGCAGCGCUGUUCGGGCUGUUGCAACACACGCAUUCUACAAUGCACUCCAGUCACCACAGAAACGCGACAUUUACAGAUGACAAAAAUACAGUUUAUCAACCGACAGCCAGUCUAUGAGAAGGUUGUCAUACCAGUGGAGGACCAUGUGACUUGUAGCUGUCAAUCACGUGUUUCUGCACAUCCCCCACGGCCCCAGGCCACGCCCCUUCCUCCGCCCAGACUCCACCCUAAAGUAACAUUACCGAAAACGCAAUCGAAAGAGGAGCUUCACCGCAAUGAUGAACUUAAACAUAAUCAAAGGCUCCAUUUGGAGGAUAGAGAGAGUCAAGAAGUACAAUGGCAGUCCAAAUACACAGACACACACACACAGGGCUACAGACAAAGCCCGUACCAACAUACACUUACACACACGCCAGCAUAUACAAGCAGAGGAGAUGUUCCCACCAGACCAACCACGUUAGGAGAUCCACACAUGAUGAGUGACACAACACAAACAGAGGAGGUCGAUCAUAUGAAAUCCGAAAACAGUGGCGACGGCAUGACGAAAAAGACGCAACAGCAUUAUGACAAACAUCCGCAAGAGGAUCAACAGACUAGACCAAAUCAAACGACACCACAGCGACCAAAAAACAGUCCUACCCACAAUUCCGUCCAAUCAGAGCACAGCAUGCCACACAGCAGCCAAUUAGACGGUCUUAGUCACACUUACAGCCACGUUGAGGUCAUCGGCCAAUCCAGCGGCUUAUCAGAAGUACUAAAUCAUCACUCUGAUCAAUCAGAAGUUAGAAAACAUCACCACCACCAAUCAGAAGCGAGUAAUCAAAAUAAGCAGGAAAGGGAACAGCAGCAAGAGGAAACACAACAUCAUCUUCGCCACCAACACCACAGACACCAUCAGCUUCACCAACAUACAACACAAGCGCUUAGCCAACAACAGACUAGCACACAAAGAACAGACCCUCCCACCACGCCCUCAGCCCCACAGACUCCGCCCCCUCUUCAGCCCCCACGGAAGCGCCGGCGGAAACACCGAAGGAGGAUGAGCAAGGCCUCCAUGAGAGCGAUGAUAAUGGUAAUGUCCUGAAGAACACCAAGACUUUGAACUGCUGCCAAAGUCCCAGGAGCAACCACAAAGCUGAGAGUCAGGGUGGAGACACACACACACAGGAUAUAGCAGAGACACACUGGAAAUAUCUUUAUAAUAACUGGAAAUGUCUUUGAUCUUUGCCAAAUAAGCUCCCAUGAACUACAUUUCCCAUCAGCCAUUGCAGUCAUUGGAGGCCACCAGUUCUGCAGUCUCUGCCCUACGGGAGUUGGUCGCCCUCAGGAUUUCCUGUGAGAAAGGACAUAAAAGGGAUUCCAUACGGACGCAAACACAGCCUGCCAAAUAGUGAGACUGUAUUUAAAACAACACCGUUACAGUCUGCCAAAUACACUUCACACUUCGGUCAGCACAACAACUGCUAAAUGCAGUGCAAUAUUGACUUGAACUACUGGCUGGCCAAGAACUGGCUCACAUCAGUGAUUAGCUACUUGGGGAAAGUCAAAGUAGCUUUCGAAUGCCAAUGAAUGAUGUAGACCUACUGUGGGUCGGGUUGGAAAACAACUAUGGACUAUUUAUCCACUGGAGGAACUACUGGAAUAGCAACUGGAAGAAGUUAAAACUGGAAUAUGUAACUGGAAAGUUGUGAGGACUCUAAAUUGGGACUCUCAAAGAGCAAAACAACUGGAGAUAUGAAGCUCAGGACUUCCAGAAAAGUAUAAAAUACAAAUAAAUAUUACAAAUUCA